AUGUCGACACCCAAGGUCAAGGCUGGUCAGCUCUGGGGAAAGAGCAAGGAAGACCUUUCCAAGCAGCUCGAGGAGUUGAAGACCGAGCUCUCCCAGCUCCGUGUCCAGAAGAUCGCUGCCGGUGCCUCGUCGAAGACUCAGAGAAUCCACGACGUUCGCAAGUCGAUCGCUCGCGUUCUCACCGUCAUCAACGCCAACCAGCGCGCCCAGCUCCGUCUGUUCUACAAGAACAAGAAGUACACUCCUCUUGACCUCAGACCCCGCCUCACCCGUGCCCUCCGCCGCAGACUCACCAAGCACGAGGCCACCCUCAAGACGGAGAAGCAGCGCAAGAAGGAGAUCCACUUCCCCCAGCGGAAGUACGCCGUCAAGGUAUGA